AUGUCUGCAAGCACUGUCCCCUAUCCGUUCCAAUUCGAAGCUCCCGAGAGCUCUGGCCCGCAGGAUGGAAGUAACACGACCGUGAACUUGACUUUGAAAAAUGUUCGAGGAAGAAUCCCAUUUGAGCAGACAUCGCGUCUGCGCACGAUGAUGCUCGAGGCUCGCAACGAUCCCACCAAAAUUCUCGCGCACGCAUGCACCUAUGACGGGCUCUCUUCGCGCCUGGUCGAGGAGGCGGGAUUUCCCCUAGUCUUCUUAGCGGGAUAUGCUGUGGCCUCAGCAUACGGGCUCCCCGAUGCAGGAUAUAUCUCAAUGCCUGAGCUUUGCGACAAGAUCCAAGAGGCAUACCGUCAAGUGUCCAUCCCCAUUAUGGCCGAUGGAGACACCGGGUACGGAAGCCCUAUGAAUGUGAAGCGAACUGUUGAGAGCUUUGCAGCUGCAGGUGCAGCUGGUGCUAUGAUUGAAGACCAGCAGUGGCCGAAGCGUUGCGGACACACCAAAGGAAAGAGCGUCGUCUCCCGUGAAGAGGCCUAUGCUCGAAUUCAGGCUGCAGUUGAUGCCCGUAAUGAAGGGAGAGAUAUAUUCAUUCUUGCCCGCACGGACGCAUUGAUGCAUGGCUGGGAUGAAGCCAUGACUCGCGCCAAAGAGUUCAAACGUAUUGGUGUCGACGCUAUCUUUAUCGAGGCUCUUCCCGAUCGCAAUGCCAUGAAGCGAUGUGCGCAGGAAAUUGAUAUUCCGAUCUUUGCAAACAUUAUUGAGGGUGGAAAGACCGAGAAUCUCUCUGCCACGGAGCUCGCGGAGCUGGGAUACAGCGCGGUCGCGUAUCCUUGGACAUUGGUGGCGGCUCACCUGAAAAGUGUUCGUGAGGCUUUGGAUGGGCUCAAGAGGAGCAUGACUGUGGGCGCUCCUCCCAUGAUUUUGACUUACGAUGAGGUCUGCGAAGGCGUUGGGUUCAACAAAUACUGGGACCAAGAGGAGAAGUACAAGUUCUAG